GGGAGGAGGGAGGAGGCGAGCAAGUGAGGGGCGUUCUCUCUAAUGGGUCCCUUGCUCGACUUCCGGUGGCCUGAAGAAACUAACUUCGAAUCGGUCAACUGCGAUUGCACCUUUGCUCUUUUAACAACCGCUGUGCUAAUCGAAGUGGUUAAAGGCUCGUUUUUGAACUUCUCUCAGUAAACUGAGAAAGUAACAGUACUUCCUGAAAGCAUCAAGAAGAAAAAUGUCAGUGACACUGCAUACAGAUGUAGGUGAUAUUAAAAUAGAAGUCUUCUGUGAGAGGACACCCAGAACAUGUGAAAAUUUCUUGGCUCUUUGUGCCAGUAAUUACUACAAUGGCUGUAUAUUUCAUAGAAAUAUCAAGGGUUUCAUGGUUCAAACAGGAGAUCCGACAGGUACUGGAAGAGGAGGUAGCAGUAUCUGGGGCAAGAAAUUUGAAGAUGAAUACAGUGAAUAUCUUAAGCACAGCGUUAGAGGUGUUGUAUCUAUGGCUAAUAAUGGCCCAAACACCAAUGGAUCUCAGUUCUUCAUCACCUAUGGGAAGCAGCCACAUUUGGACAUGAAAUACACAGUAUUUGGAAAGGUAAUAGAUGGUCUGGAGACUCUAGAUGAACUGGAGAAGUUACCAGUAAAUGAGAAGACAUAUCGACCUCUUAAUGAUGUACACAUUAAGGACAUAACUAUUCAUGCCAACCCAUUUGCUCAGUAGCUAUAAUAGACCUGGACAAAUACUUGGCAAACUAUUUUGGAACACACCUAUUAUGGUUUACCCAGUUUUAAUUAUGUCAGAGAUUGCAUCAUUAUACAACUUGUUUACAACUAAGAUCUACUUGUUUACAGCUAAGAUCUUCUCUGAGUUGGUGGUACCAAGGGAAGCCAAACAGCUUUUACUCCUAUUCUUAGAGGAUAUUCUUUACUGUAACUUUUUUUUUUUUUUCACACACAUACACACUGUAUUUUAUUUUUACAAGAGAUAAAUAGACUGACACCAAGCAUUGUACAUGGAUGACCACAACAAAAGCAACAAUGAUUGCAAUUACCAAACAUGAAACACACUCAUACUAUGUCAUAAUAUUGACAUUCGGUCCAGUAAUCCUCCACUGUAGCAGCUCCUUUACUUUGCAGUGAAAAUUGAUUUGUAUAUUCUUUGCCUCUGAGUCCUUGUGGGAUUUUUUUUUUUUUUAAUUCAAACAGAAAGUCACAAAAAUUAUACUCAUCCUCAUCAGUUCACUCAGUCCCAUGUAAUUAAUUUUUUUUUCGUCUUGAUCUUU